AUGGCCAAGAUUUUUUCCAGCAGUUUGCGAUGCCGGCUGCCAGUAUUGGUGGCGAUCUUUGAAGUUCUCCUUCUGGUGUUGUAUGCCGUGUUUGUGACUUAUGAUGACAGCACAAACGCUGCUCUUCAAACCAACCAGACGGAUCCUCUCCAGAACUCUGUGUACCACGUGUAUCCUUUCUUUGUGGAUGUGCAGGUCAUGCUCUUCGUAGGAUUUGGCUGCCUGCUUGCCUUCAUGAAACGCUAUGGCUUUGGAGGGAUGGUCUUUAAUUUCCUGACGGCCACGUUCGCCAUCCAGUGGGCCGUCAUCGUGCAAGGUUUCUUCCAGUUCUACCAUGAUGGAAAGAUCCACGUGGGUGUCUUCAACCUUCUCAAUGCAGAAUUUGCAUGCGCCGUGGUUCUCAUUUCGUUUGGGGCCAUCUUAGGUCGUACGAGUCCCAUCCAGCUCCUGGUCAUGGCUCUCCUAGAAGUCCCGAUAUUUGCAGUCACAGAAUGGACCAUCCUGAAAUACCUGAAGAUCAAUGAUGCUGGUGGCUCCAUCUUGAUCCAUAUCUUCGCUUGCUACUUUGGGCUUGGGGUGAGCGCCAUCCUCUACCGGCCAUGUCUUAAUGAAGGCCAUUCCAAAGAAGGCAGCACAUAUCAAUCUGAUCUCUUGUCGGUCUUGGGGACUCUCUUUCUGUGGGUCUUCUGGCCCUCCUUUAACUCUUCCCUGACCUUACCUGGAGAUGACCAACACAGAGCCAUCAUCCACACCUUCAUAGGACUCAGCUCUUCUACCCUGACAGCCUUCGCUCUUUCUGCACUGCUGAACAGAAGGGGCAAGCUAACCAUGGCAGAUAUCCAGAAUGUUACCCUAGCUGGUGGCGUCACAGUUGGAGCUUCUGUAGAUAUGAUGAUCAGUCCAGUAGGAGCGUUUGCAUUAGGGAUGAUUGGAUGUACAGCAUGCAUGCUGGGCUACAAAUACCUGACACCCUUUAUGGCCAAGAAGUUAAGAAUCCAGGAUCAAUGUGGUAUCCAUAAUCUGCAUGGCUUGACUGGGUUAAUUUCUACUAUGGCUGUCAUUAUCUGCAUCCUUAUUGCUAGCGAAGAUACUUACGGUCCAAGUCUAUACCAGACAUUCGCUCACCGCGCGCCAGUGGAAGGGGAUCCCAGACUAAAGGAGCUGCAGGAGCUCAUUCCUGGUUUGAACCCUGGGGAAGGUCGCAGUGCCUCGGAGCAGGCCCUUUAUCAAGCCGCAGCACUGGGAUUCUCGAUUGGAGUGUCCGUUGCGGGGGGGCUACUGACCGGCCUGGUCCUGCGCUUACCUGUCCUUGCCCAGCCUCCUGAUGAGUUCUGCUUUGACGACGCCCUUUACUUUGAGGUGCCUGAGGAGUUUGAUAACAGUGUGCUGCCGACAAGUAACUAUGACUUGGUGGCGAUCAAAGACUGA